GUCUGCCACCUCCUCGUCCUCCCAGAGGAAUCGGUGAUUUUCUCGGAUGACGUCAUGAUCGGUCUUAUCCCGGGACCUCGAAUCAUUCAAGAGCUGUUUGAGUCACGUACAUUUGAUGUAAAUUUCGACACCAAAUCACUCUGAAUCACAAACAACCCCGAUAAGCCGGAUUGCGUGGUGGAGAGUGAAUGUGUCGAUUUAUUGGUAGUGGUUGAUGAUUUCUACAUACGUGUCUCGUCUGAGGCUAUCCAGGGAUUUACCGCUGAGCAGAAGGAAAAUGCUUUUCGUUUCUCCACUACAACGCCUAAGAGUUCUUCAGAGGAGCACCGUGAAUCGAAAGCUGAGUGAUUUUGUCAGGGUAGUAGAAGUGGGUCCUCGAGACGGUUUGCAGAACGAAAAAACUGUGGUCCCUACCUCGACGAAGAUCUCUCUCAUCAACAGGCUAUCCUCGACUGGUCUGAAAACCAUAGAGUCAACGAGUUUUGUCUCGCCAAAAUGGGUGCCGCAGAUGGGGGACAGCUCUGAGGUCUUUACCUCGAUCACGAAGGCUCCGGGGGUUUCGUACCCGGUGCUGGUGCCGAAUCUGAAGGGUUUAGACGCAGCGAUCUCAUCAGGAGUGAAGGAGAUCGCAGUCUUCGGUGCUGCCUCCAAUACUUUCUCCAUGAAAAACAUUAACUGCUCCAUCGAGGAAAGCCUCAUACGCUUCCAGGAGGUGGCAAAGGCGGCCUUAAAGGCUGGGAUCAGGGUCAGGGGGUACGUCUCCUGCAUAGCAGGUUGUCCGUACGAGGGCGAGGUCAAGCCCUCGGUGGUCGCGAGGGUCUCGGAGUCGAUGCUGGAGGCAGGAUGUUACGAAAUUUCUCUCGGGGACACCAUUGGCACUGGCACUCCUAGAAUCAUCACCAACGUCCUCAACGAGGUGAAGACAAUCUUCUCCCGGGAUCUCACCCUCUUCGCCCUUCACUGUCACAAUACCUACGGGCAGGCUCUCGCUAAUAUCUUCACAGGACUUACUCUCGGGGUCAGGGUGUUCGAUUCCUCUGUUGGAGGACUUGGAGGCUGUCCUUAUGCUGCUGGAGCAUCUGGAAAUGUUCCUACGGAGGAUCUGCUGUAUUUACUUCAAGGGGAAGGGUUACAAACUGGUGUCGACUUCGAGAAAAUCGUGGAGAUUGGUGAAUGGAUCAGCAAGCAACUUGGGAGAGAUAAUCAGUCCAAAGUCGGAGUUGCUUUAGCUUCUCGGAGGAGGUGAUUUUUACAAACGUACAAAUUCAA